CCUCUAUCGCAUGCUGUUUCUUUCGGUCGCACAGCUGCCGUUCAGUACCUGAUCGACAACGGGGCUGACGUCAACACAAGCGAUGUCCAUGGAGGGUUCCCGCUCCAUUCAGCUGGACUUUGGGCUCACAACGAGAUCAUGGGCCUUUUGCUCGCAGCCGGCGCGGACGUACACGUGACGAACGACCAUGGGGCAACGCCC